UGACUUGGUAAUACAUGAAGGCCAAUAACAAAUCAUGUAGGGAGCACUUGGACCCUCUGUCGUGAAGAUUGCACAAGAGCACAUGCGCUAGUUAAAAAGUAAUGCGCACAGAGCACAAGGACGGCAGCUCAAAAUGUCUGGGAAAGAUUUUGAAUCGCUAGAGAAACUUCUGGAAUCAUGUGUACCUGAGGCUGAACUCAGAGAAGUGCGAAGACUGCUGUUCGGAAAACAACUGAAGGACUUGAACCUUCCUCAGAGUGCAAGAGAUGCAGCGGAGGAGCAAGAUUUUGAUCUGAAGGGUUAUGUGUUCGAGGCAUCUCCAGAGCAGCUCAGACCACCCAGAACCGUCCGCGUGGGACUCAUUCAGAACAAGAUAGUCCUUCCCACUGAUGCUCCUGUACUUGAACAGAUCACAGCUCUGCACAAGCGUGUGGGGGAGAUGGUGGCGGUGGCGGCCAUGUGUGGGGUCAAUAUUGUGUGCUUCCAGGAAGCCUGGACAAUGCCUUUUGCAUUUUGCACACGAGAGAGGGAGCCCUGGACAGAGUUUGCCGAAUCGGCCGAGGAUGGGCUCACCACACGCUUUUGUAUUCAGCUGGCCAAAAAAUACAACAUGGUGGUGGUGUCUCCCAUUUUGGAGAGAGAUGAGAUCCACGGUGGAACAUUGUGGAACACUGCAGUGGUGGUGUCCAAUAAUGGCAAUGUUCUAGGCAAAUCACGGAAGAAUCACAUUCCCCGUGUUGGAGACUUUAACGAGUCAACAUAUUACAUGGAAGGGAACACGGGUCACACUGUAUUCCAGACACAGUUUGGAAAGAUUGCUGUUAACAUCUGCUACGGCCGACACCAUCCUCUCAACUGGUUAAUGUACAGCAUACAUGGGGCUGAGAUCAUCUUUAACCCUUCGGCCACAGUCGGAUUGCUCAGUGAACCAAUGUGGCCGAUUGAGGCCAGAAAUGCUGCCAUCGCAAACCACUGCUUCACCUGUGCCAUCAACCGUGUAGGAACAGAGUAUUUCAAGAAUGAGUUCACAUCUGGAGAUGGAAAGAAAGCGCACCAUGACUUUGGGCAUUUUUAUGGCUCCAGCUAUGUAGCUGCACCCGACGGCAGCAGAUCUCCAGGAUUAUCCAGAACCCGUGAUGGCCUGCUGGUGACAGAGAUGGACUUGAACCUAAAUCGCCAAGUUGCAGACAAAUGGAAUUUCAAGAUGACUGGGAGGUAUGAAAUGUAUGCGGAGGAGCUCAAAAAAGCCAUCCAGCAUGACUUCAAACCCAACAUUGUUAAGGAGUGAGCUUAUCAGAAAAACGUGUGCCAAAAGCCAUUGAGAAGAACCACACUUUUAUCAGAAAGACAUCCUUGGCACAUGCAGGAGAACCACAUAAUGUAUUAGAAUAAGUCCUUGUACCUCUACUUCAAUUUCACAAAAUAACCUUUAUAAUUUAUCAGUUCAUUUUUAUGGUCAAUAAAUGGAAGGAUGCAUUUGAAUAAAAUACAAAUCCAACU